UACAAUUCCAAAGAUGGCGGCGUUGGUCGUGCCUCGCCUAGCCAUAUUUGGCUCCUUUUCAACAAGGCCCAUUUCAGUUUUUGCUAUUCAACAGAAGAGCCUGCACAGCAGUGCUAAAAGCGAGAAUACCACCACGAGCGUGGUUCCAGUCAGAGAGAAAAGCACGGCGGUGGCAGCAGCCAAACCAGCAGCUGUAGCCAGCAGCAAGGGCGAGUAUGUCAUCACCAAGCUGGACGACCUCGUUAACUGGGCACGAAGGAGCUCUCUGUGGCCUAUGACCUUUGGUCUGGCAUGCUGUGCAGUGGAGAUGAUGCACAUGGCGGCACCCCGUUACGAUAUGGAUCGCUUCGGCGUCGUGUUCAGAGCAAGUCCCAGGCAGUCUGAUGUCAUGAUUGUGGCAGGAACACUGACCAAUAAAAUGGCUCCAGCUCUGCGCAAGGUGUACGAUCAGAUGCCUGAGCCAAGAUACGUCAUCUCCAUGGGAAGUUGUGCCAACGGAGGAGGCUACUACCACUACUCCUACGCUGUCGUCAGAGGUUGUGACCGAAUCGUACCAGUGGACAUUUACGUUCCAGGUUGUCCUCCGACUGCAGAGGCUCUUCUCUACGGGACUUUACAGUUGCAGAAGAAAAUCAAACGUGAGAAGAAGAUGACGAUCUGGUAUAGGAAGUAAAUGUGUAAUUUGUUAGUGUAUCUGGUAUGUAAAUGAUGUAUUUCUGAUUUCAUUUGGAGCGCCGCUCCUCCUCCACGUAGAGCUGCAGGAACUCACUUCAAUAAAAUCAUUGUUGUAAUUUACGCAAGAAGCACUACUGCUUAUUUUUAAUUUUAUUUUUUAAACACAGAAGCAGUCAGAUCAGUAUUUAUGUCCACAGUUUGAGCUUUUGUUAGAACUUCAACCAUAUGUGUGAUUCAUCUUUACUCAACCGUUUCACUGAAGAUACUGUAUGUGUUUCAUCUUACCACGGCACAAAAUUUGCACCAGCCACCAGACAAAUGUUACAAUGGUUGGUAGAUUUGCUUCACUCACCAGCCAAAAUUGAUUGAGUGGCUAGUAAAAUUUAAAAAUUAAUUAGCCAUUUGACCAGUGGACAAAAAAGUUAAUUUUGCACCCUGCAUCUUAUCUUAUUAUCUGGAAUAUUAUUUUAAGCAAACUGGGAUCUCAGGUUGAAGCAUUGUUAUAACAUCUGUUAUCAUUGUAGCCACUGUCACCAACAGAGCCACUAGAUGGCGCCAGUGAUCACUAACUCUGACGUUCACUGUGUUGACACAAAGCAGUGGUUAGAAGGAAAAUGCAUUUUAAUUAUGUGUUGUUUAACUCUGAGAUCACAGUCUGCUGAAACACUGCAAACACACAGAGUGAAAUGCCCAGGUUCAGUGUUUCUGUUAACAAGAUUGUGAGAAUCUGUUUGUGUUGUCUGUACAAAAUCAGCUGCAGUGUUUUAGUUUAUUCAUCUAUUCAACUGUAAACCUGCUCCUAUAAUUAUGUAUUCAGACAGACAGCAGAGUAGCUUUUAUGCAUCUUCAGUGUUAAUUAACAGAAUGAUUGGUUCUGCGGUCUGUGCUGCUGAAGGGUUCUUGAGCGAGACACUUAAUUCCUACUUGGCUAUUUGUUUUAAUUUGCUCUGGAUAAUAGUUUGCUGUUACGCUGUGAUGGCUGUGCACUUCCAAAGAAAUUAAAGUAAAACGUUGUCACAGUGA